ACUCCGGACGAAGACGGACGUGUCGGAUGUGCAGCGGGAGGUGGAGAUCAUGAGGGCGCUGCCGGAUCAUCCGAACGUGGUGAGCUUGCGGGAAGCGUUUGAGGAUAGGGAAGCCGUGCAUUUGAUCAUGGAGCUUUGCGAGGGUGGGGAGUUGUUUGAUCGGAUUGUGGCGAGAGGGCAUUACACGGAGAGGGCGGCCGCGGCGAUCAUGAAGACCAUUGUGGAGGUCGUCCAGCACUGCCAUAGUCAUGGGGUUAUGCAUCGGGAUCUGAAGCCAGAGAAUUUCUUGUUUGCAGAUAGUUCAGAAUCCUCUCCAUUAAAAGCAAUUGACUUUGGCCUCUCUGUGUUCUUUAAGCCUGGCCAACGUUUCAAUGAAAUUGUUGGAAGCGCAUAUUACAUGGCGCCUGAAGUUUUGAAACGGAAUUAUGGACCAGAAGUAGAUAUAUGGAGUGCUGGGGUUAUUCUCUACAUCCUAUUGUGUGGGGUCCCACCGUUCUGGGCAGAAACUGAUGAAGGAAUUAUGCAGAAAAUUCUUCAUUCAGAUUUUGAUUUGGAAAGGGAGCCUUGGUCGAAGAUCUCCAAUAAUGCAAAAGAUCUUGUGAGGUGUAUGCUUGAUCGAAAUCCUGACACCCGGUUAACUGCUAACCAAGUUCUUGAACAUCCUUGGCUGCUGAAUGCUAAUGCGGCUCCCAAUAUUCCUCUCGGAGAAGCAGUUAAAACGAGGCUUAAGCAGUUCUCAGCCAUGAACAGAUUCAAGAAGAAAGCCUUAAGAAUGGUAGCUGAGCACUUACCUGUAGAAGAAGUAGCUGGAAUCAAGCAGUUGUUUCACAUGCUGGACACUGACAAGAAUGGCAACUUGUCACUUGAAGAACUUAAGACGGGCCUCCACAUAUUUGGACAUCAUGUUCCAGAUCUUGAUAUUCAUACGCUUAUGGAAGCGGCAGAUGUAGAUGGAAAUGGAACUCUUGAUUGUGGGGAGUUUGUAACGGUAACUGUUCACUUGAAAAAGAUACGCAAUGAGGAACACCUACCUAAAGUAUUCAGCUACUUUGACAAGGAUGGUAAUGGAUAUAUUGAAAUCGAGGAAUUGGCAGAAGCUUUAAAAGAGGAUCACCGUGGUCUCAGCGAACAAGCCAUCCGAGAGAUCAUCCGUGAUGUUGAUGUAGAUAAGGAUGGUCGUAUAAGCUACGAAGAAUUUGUGAUGAUGAUGAGGGGAGGAUCAGAUUGGAAACAUGCGUCGCGCCAAUACUCACAAGCACUGUUGGAUACUGUCAGAUUGUUGAAAGAUGGUUCUUUGAGGACAAAGCUGGUGAUGCCCUAAGCAUGAAGACCACUGAAAAAUGGUAUGGGUACUUAACAUCUAAUGUGGCUAAGUCUUUUACUAAUUGUACAAGGGAGGCUAGAUUACUACGAAUUCUACAAAUGGUUGAGCAUAUUCGUAAACAAAUUAUGGCCCGCAUGAAUAAUCAUCGAGCACUUGUUGAUAAAUAGAGUGGAUAUCUCUGUCCGCAAGCAGAGAUAGUGCUUAAAGAAAAUAUAUAUAAAGGUCAUCCAUUGGAUGUUAAACAACCUGCAAAUAAAAUGUUUGAAGUGCAAUCCCAUAAAACUACACAUGAUUUGGAGAAGAAGACAUGCACUUGCCGGGCUUGGGACGUCAUGCGAAUUCCUUGUAAACAUGCU